UUUGAUAACUAAUAAUUUAUAAUAAGCUCAAAUUUGUAAAAGUAGGGUAUAGAUUGAUACAGAUUACCGAGUGCAAAGUAGAAUUUCUAGUCGAUAUUACGUAGGCACAUAAUAUUUGGCAUGAUAUAAAGUAGUCGUGGCGUGUUGAAUAGUGAAAUGGAGGGUAAUUUGUCAAUCCUGUUGACACUACUUACGUCUACAUUAGAACGCAAAUUGUAUUGUUAUUUCACAUUUUUCAACAACUAAAUAGUAAAUAUGCGAACGUUAGAAUUCUUGCAAAUUACAAGUUGUAAUAGUAAAGGGAAACCAGUUUUCGGGACUAUAUAACACACAACAAGGACGGCAUAUUAUAUCCGCUCUAGAUAAUUGCAAGUUUCCCUUAAAGUGUUGCUGUUUUGAUUUUUGUAACAAACUCGUUGCAAUUUCACUUUCACUCUUUGAAAUCUUUCAAGUUCGUGACAUUGAGAAGAAUGAAUUAAAAAAGAUUGUAUGCAUUUCAACUUUUGCUUUUGGUGUGACCACAUCGUCAUCCUGUAUAAUAUUUACAUGCAAUUAAAUCGAUAUUAUUACCAAGUUUUACCUCAUUUAAUAUUAUUACAUUGAUUCUAUUACCGUUAUCACCAUGAGGUUGGCCACUGUGAUAAUUUCUCUCCUAUUUAUAACAUCCUUGGCCCUUGUCCUCUUUGCCUUGAGUAGUCACGCACAACGCACCACAAAUGUCAAUCAUAUCCAGCACCCGGCACACCCAGCACCCACCAAUCGAAGGCGUAAUCCUAUCAGGGACAGAUAUAUUCAUUUACCAUUUUAAUAGGAAGGCCGGACUCUGCGCCCAAAACUAUUACGUAAACGGAACUCGACCCGGAUUCAAAUUUUUUCGAUAUCAUAAAAAGAGUGCGGAAUGCUUUCCAAUUGAUGACAAGGGGCCCUGUGGUCGUAACAUGAUCUUUUACCGGAUCGGAAAUACGGAGUAUGGUGAAUGUGAUUGUGAUCAUAGUAAACGAUGUGGGCGUCCUCUGCUAUACUGGCAACCGACGGAUAGUUGUUAUCACGUGAAUACUCAGGGUCCAUGUCGAGAAGGACACUGGCUUGCCUAUGGUCUCACACAGAAACCAAUAUGUCAGAAAAACUUGUGUCUUCGUCAAGAAAGUGAAAGUCCGAGUAAUCAUCGUGCCAGAAAAUUCUGGAUUUCAAUCAACGGAAUGUGCAUGAAGACUCGGACCCUCGGAUUUUGUCCGGAUCCUGAACAAGUCAUGUUCUUCCGAGAAGGUGAAGCAUAUCCGCAGUGCGUACAUCCCUCCGAAGCGACCGUUUGUGGGGCAGUGAAUCGGAUAUCGAGACCAUGUUGGGCUGGGCAGAAGUUUGACUCGAUGGAUAAUUGUAGGGAUAAGGUGGGAUUGUGGGGAAGUGAAGAUGAUCACUGAUUAAAAAAAUGCCACAGAUAAAGUAUUUAUUGUAAACUAUCUUUAUUUAAUAAAUAAUUAAAAUCACACGUAA